AUGCCAAGCUGGGACAACGCAGCGAGUAGACACGUCGAAGAAGAGGAGAUGGAAAUGGAGAAGCUAGAUCACAACCAAGCACAACAGCAAUCAUUAUUAUCUCAGCAAGACAGCAGCCGCUACUACAACAACCAGCCAGAACACGCAGGAGAUCUCGGUGCGAUGCACGCCCAGCCUUACCACGACUACAGUCAACACCAGCAGUACGCACCUAGCAUAGCAUUAACAGCCCAGCAAUCGGCCUACCCACCCACCUAUCACUCCGGCCCGGAUCGCAAUGCCUACGCACCAACAGGACAGCAAUAUCGUGGUUAUGAGCCUAGUGUUGCGCCGAGCUAUCACACCACUGCACAGGGGAUCGUGAGUCCUCUCAGCCCACCGCCACCGCAGGGCAACGGGAUGGGAAGAAAGCCGGUACAAGGGACGUGGCGGGAUGUCUAG